GGGCCCCGGCACCUCGAGGCGCAGGCGCAGUCCAUGACGAGGCCUAGCCACAAACGCUGUUGUCCCGCUCUGCCAGCAGGCGCCUACUAAGUGCUGGCCGACUAAUGGGGUGGAGGAAUCUGGAGUCAGAAGGUGUUUAGACCUGCGCCUGCUCCCAACACACGUACAGUGCCAGGCACUUUGCAGUUUGCAGACAGUCGCUGGAGGAAAUGUGGGCGACAGGGUCCCUGGGGGAGCAGCUCCUCAAGGCCAAGGUUGAAGAGGCCAAGGAAGGUACUGAGCCCCCUGCCAGUGACUCCUGCACCUGGGGGAAGCUGCCUCAAGGAGAGGCUUCCAGGGAGUGGCUCUUCAUGGAGGGCCUGCUCCCGGAGCAAGGGCUGCGAGCUCUGCCUUCUCAGGACUUGGCCCUGCCCGCAGCUGGCACUCUACAGGAGGUGGGACAGGCCCCAGGUCUGCCAACAGCUACAUGCCAGGAACCCGUGACCUUCAGGGACGUGGCCGUGGACUUCACGCCUGAGGAGUGGGGGCAACUGGGCCUCGCUCAGAGGGAACUGUACCAGGACGUGAUGCUGGAGAACUACCGGAACUUGGUGUCCCUGGGACUUCCCGUUUCCACACCCAAGGUGAUCUGUCAUCUGGAGCCCAGGGAUGAGCCAUGGAGGGCCCAGGGAGCAGCCCCUCCCAGCACCUGGUCAGACUGGGAGUCAAAGCCAGAGACCAGAAUGUCAACUGCAAAGCAAGGCUUUGCUGAGGAACAGGCAUAUCAGUGGAUGAUAAUGGAUGAACCUUGGGACAAGUUGGGAAAAACUUGGGAAGAAUGUGAAGACACACUGAAGAACAAGCGAAGCAAGGAAAGACUUUCUGAGGAAGGGAAUGAGGAAAUUGUCAUUGAGGGGAGAGACCAAGAAAUUAAAGAUUCAGGAGGAAGCCUCAGUUUCAGGUCAUCUCUCCAUAUGCAGCAAAACAUUCUUAGUGGAAAGACUUCUCAAAUAUGGCACAAACAUGGAAAGAGAUACAAACAAAAUUCAGACCUGCUUAACCACCUGAAAAUCUAUUCAGGGAAGAAGUGUCAUAAAUGUAACACUUGUGGAAAAACCUUCGCCCGGGUUUCACACUUUACUGAGCAUCAGAGAAUUCAUACUGGAGAGAAACCCUAUAAAUGUAAUGACUGUGGGAAAGCCUUUGCCCGGAUUUCUUGCCUUAAUAGACAUCAGAGAAUUCAUACUGGAGAGAAACCCUAUAAAUGUAAUGAUUGUGGAAAAGCCUUUUUCUAUAUAUCACAACUUACUGGGCAUCAGCGAAUUCAUACUGGGGAGAAACCCUACAAAUGUAACGAAUGUGGGAAAAUGUUUGGCCAUAGCAAAUCCCUUACGGUACAUCAGAGGAUUCAUACUGGAAAGAAACCCUAUAAAUGUAAUGAAUGUGGGAAAGCCUUCAGUCAGGGCUCAACUCUUUCUUUACAUCAGAGAACUCACAGUGGGGAGAAGCCCUAUAAAUGUAAUAAAUGUGGUAAAGUUUUCAGUCAUCGAUCAUACCUUAUUCGGCAUCAUGUAGUUCACACUGGAGAAAAACCCUAUGAAUGUAAAGAAUGUUGGAAAUCCUUCCGACUCAGCUCAUCUCUUUCACUUCAUCAAAGAACUCAUACUAGAGAAAAACCUUAUGAGUGUAAUGAAUGUGGAAAAACUUUCAGUCUGGGCUCUUACCUUUUGUUGCAUCAGAAAAGUCAUUUUACAGAGAAGUCCUAUAAAUGUGAUGAAUGUGGAAAAGCCUUCAACAAUAGCUCCUCUCUUACUAAGCAUGAGAGGACUCAUACUGGAGAGAAACCCUAUAAGUGUCAUGAAUGUGAAAAGGCUUUCAGCCGGAAGUCCUCCCUUCCUAAACAUCAGAGACUUCACCACAGCGAGUUACCCUUUAAAUGUGAUGAAUGUGCGAAAGGCUUUAUCUGGGUUUCACAACUUACUGAACACCAGAGAGUUCAUACUGGAGAGAAACCCUAUAAAUGCCAUGAAUGUGGGAAGGCCUUCAACAUCAGCACAUCCCUGAUUAAGCAUAAGAAAUGUCACACUGGAAAGAAACCCUAUAAGUGUAAUGAAUGUGAGAGAGCCUUUUUUGAUAGCUCCACUCUUAUUGUACAUCAGAGGACUCAUACUGGAGAAAAACCCUAUAAAUGUGAUGAAUGCGGCAAAGCCUUCAGCCACAGCUCAUCCCUUGGUCAACACCAGAGAAUUCACAAUAGAGAAAAAUCUUAUCACUGUAGCGAGUGUGGGAAGGCCUUUACUCGAUUUUCUGGACUCAAUAUACAUCAAAGAAUUCAUACUGGAGAGAAACCAUACAAAUGUGAGGAAUGUGGCAAAGCCUUCACCAAUGGCUCCUCUCUUAAUCAGCAUAAGAAAAUUCAUACGGGAGAGAAUUCCUAUAAAUGUAAUGAAUGCGGAAAGGCCUUUAGACAAAGUUCACGCCUUAUACAACACCAGAGAGUUCACAGUGGAGAGAAACCCUAUACAUGUACCAAAUGUGGGAAAGCCUUCACCAAUGGUUCAUCUCUAGCAAGACAUCAGAGAAUUCAUAUAGGAGAGAACCCUUGAGAAUGCAGUGAAAGUGGAAGAAAGCAUCCAUCAGACUUGUCACAUUGUAACUCGGAGUCAUGGUACAUUACUCCAUGGGACGUUGAGGACUAGAGCUCUUUUCUCUGUUUUCCUGUCAUUAAACAGUGCAUAAAUACUUAUUAAGCACCUACUAUGUUUGCGAAGGGCAAAAGAGAGUUCCUGCCCUCAAGGAGCCUACAUACAAAAACAAUUUGAAGAGGGGAGGCUGGGAUGGAGGUGCCUGAAAGUCCAGAGGACUUUCCCAGGAUGGGAAAUUAAGAGAUAGCUGGCCUAGGCCCCUUCAUCAAAUGGAGGUUCUGGGAAGAGGUCCCUCCUCUCUGCCUCCCCCACCCCCCCCAGGUGGAGGGUACUGACAAAGUAUGCAUGUGUGAGUUCCAGGACUGAAGUGACCUUUCAGACCUUUCUGGAGUGUGAUGGAAAAGUCCAGACAAGGCAGCUUCUGGAUUGAAUACACCCAGGGACCUUCAGAUGGGGAUAGACUUGCUCGAGUCUGAGGAUGAGGGGUGAGGUGGUGGGUCUGCAAUAUGAAGGAGCAGCUGCCAAAUACUGACCUUUUCCAAAAAUUGUUUAUUAAAUUUUUCAUUAAAGUGAAACUUUAGUAAUGAACAGAA